GCGAAAUUAUAGACAUGCGCACUGACGUUAAUAUUCCAAUCAGUUUGACAACAGUCAAGUUCUUCUAAGUGUUUUUAACCUUCUACAUAUUUUGUUGAAAAAAAUAUUUUAAGUGAAAUUAUUCCUUAUUUUUUAUUGAAUCGAUAUUACAUAUUAAAAAUGGCAGCACCAGAAGCGAUACAAGUCAGUUCUCUUCCUCUGCCUCCAGUUCAGUAUAUUAAUUUGUAUACAGACGAAAAUGUUCGUCGAGGCAGAGCACCAAGGCCACCACUGCCAAUACAUGAUACUUAUUCGAUGUUUGGAAAUGUAUUUAACGCAGAUGAUACAAUUAUCAGGCCUCUCGAAGCUCAAGGAAUUAAAAGGUUAUAUCCUCAGCAUUUCGAUCGACGACGAGAGUUGAAAAAAUUGAACCACUCAUUGCUUGUUAAUUUUUUGGAUCUAAUAGAUUUGCUCGUACAGUGUCCUGAUAGUCCAAGACGUGCAGAAAAAGUGGAAGACCUUAGUUUAUUAUUUAUCCAUAUUCAUCAUUUAUUAAAUGAAUUCAGACCACAUCAAGCUAGAGAAACAUUAAGAGUAAUGAUGGAAUUGCAACGUAGACAGCGUAUAGAAACAGCACUUAGGUUUCAGAAACAUUUAGAAAAGGUCCAAGAAAUUUUACAACAUGCAUUGCAAAUGUUACCAGAUACUUCAGAAUUAGAUUCUAAAUUAGCAAUAAAUACAGAUGCUAUGGAAUCUGUUGAUAAUUUAGGUUCUGAACAGCAAACUCCAGAUCCGUGUAAUCCAUGUGAUCGUAUUAUGUGUAAAACAAUAGAUGAUAUGAUCUCAACAAAUGGAUUAUAUUGAAAUUUCUUUUUUAAAGACAUACUGUAAAAAUUAUUGUAAUUAUAAUUGUAAGAUAUUGUAAUAAUAAUUUUAGAAGUGUAAUAUAAUAAUAUUUAUUAAACAAUAGGUACAAAUUUUCUGUACAAUUUAUCUAUUUUUCAUUACAUAUAUUAAAAAGACAAUAUAAUUUAAA